CAGCGCGGCUGAGUCACCGCCCUAACGGCGCAGCCCCGGGAGGACGCGCGCCGCCGCUCGGCAGCCGCGCCGCGACCCGGUUCUCCCCAAGGAGGCGCAAAGCGCUUUACGCGGCGGCAGUGCAAAAGUGUCGGCUUAGCGAAGGCCCUUUGCCUUUUAUCUCCCUCGCUGCCCCGCCCGUUUGCUUAUUUUAUGGCCCAUCCGGCGACCUCGUAGGUCGGGCUUGGCGAGUGCGCUGUGACCACGGACUGCCCUCGGUGCAGCGCGGGCCGCCAGCUGCCUCCGAGGCUGGCGCGGCCGCCGCGGUCUCCAUGGUAACGGCCCCACCGGCGUCGCGGCCUUGCGGGGAAGAUGCGGCCUGCUGGGCCGGCCGCCUCGCCCCCUGCCUUUCCGCCGGGCUGGGGCCGCUGAGGAGGAAGGACCUGGACGUCGGCCUGCCUAGCAGCGGGCUCCAGUGAAAUCCCACUCUGGCUGGAGAUACAAAUGGCCUCGAACGAGAGAGAUGCUAUAUCGUGGUAUCAAAAGAAGAUUGGAGCAUAUGAUCAGCAGAUAUGGGAAAAAUCAAUCGAACAAACUCAGAUUAAGGGCUUCAAAAACAAACCAAAAAAGAUGGGUCACAUAAAGCCAGACUUGAUUGAUGUUGACCUAAUCAGAGGCUCAACAUUUGCCAAAGCCAAACCCGAAAUCCCAUGGACAUCUCUGACUCGGAAGGGGCUUGUUCGCGUUCUGUUUUUUCCACUGUUCAGCAAUUGGUGGAUUCAGGUUACCUCUUUAAGAAUCUUUGUUUGGCUGCUACUGCUUUACCUCAUGCAAGUUCUAGCGAUCGUGUUGUAUCUUAUGAUGCCCCUCGUGAGCGUCAGUGAGGUGCUCGGGCCCCUGUGCCUCAUGCUGCUCAUGGGGACUGUCCACUGUCAGAUCGUGUCGACGCAGAUGACCCGGCCGUCGGGAGGCAACGGCAGCCGGAGGCGGAGAAAAUUACGAAAAACUGUAAAUGGUGAUGGGAGCCGAGAAAAUGGAAGUAAUAACUCCUCUGAUAAAAUCAGAGGAAUAGAAACUUUGGAAUCUGCACCCAUUAUUGGUGGUUUUUGGGGGACUCUCUUUGGCAACAGGAUUAAAAAGGUAAAGUUGCUGUCUAACAAAGGGACUGAAACUGACGACUCUGGUUGUCUCCAUCCUGUCAUUAAGAAAAAGCAGUGUCGACCAGAUUUGAGAAUGUGGCAAACGAGAGAAAAAGCAAAAUUUUCAGAUGGAGAAAAGGGCCAUAGGGAGGCUUACAGGCGUUUGGGUAAUGGGGUUUCAGAUGACCUGUCCAGCGAGGAAGAUGGUGAGGCGCGGACACAGAUGAUACUGUUGCGAAGGAGUGUGGAAGGGGCCUCGAGUGACAAUAGCUGUGAAGUAAAGAAUAGAAAGUCAAUACUUUCAAGGCACCUAAACUCUCAGGUAAAGAAAACCCCUACAAAAUGGUGUCAGGUAAUACGGGAUUCAGAUAGUGUGGCCGAAUCGGAAUUUGAGUCAGCAGCUUUUAGCCAGGGCUCCAGAUCUGGCACGAGUGGUGGCUCCCGAAGCCUCAACCUGUCGAGAAGAGACUCGGAAAGCACCCGCCCCGACUCGGAGACUGAGGACAUGCUCUGGGACGACCUGCUGCACGGGCCCGAGUGCCGGUCCUCGGGCACCAGCGACAGCGAGGGGGCCCACGUGAGCGCUGUGCACUCGGGGUCCAAACGCGACCCCAAGGAAGAUGUUUUUCAGCAGAACCAUUUAUUCUGGCUUCAGAACUCCAGUCCUGCCUCUGAUCGAGUUAGUGCAAUAAUCUGGGAAGGAAACGAGUGCAAGAAGACAGACAUGUCUGUGCUGGAGAUCAGCGGCAUCAUCAUGAGCCGGGUUAAUGCAUACCAGCAAGGAGUAGGUUAUCAGAUGCUGGGAAACGCCGUCACCAUCGGAUUGGCAUUUUUUCCUUUUUUACAUCGACUUUUCCGGGAGAAGAGCUUUGAUCAGCUAAAGUCCAUCUCGGCUGAGGAGAUUUUGACCCUCUUUUGUGGGGCCCCACCUGUUACACCUGUUGUUAUUUUGUCUAUAAUUAAUUUUUUUGAAAGAUUGUGUCUUACUUGGAUGUUCUUUUUUAUGAUGUGUGUGGCAGAGAGAACAUAUAAACAGAGAUUUUUAUUUGCAAAACUCUUCAGUCAUAUUACUUCUGCCAGAAAAGCAAAGAAAUAUGAAAUACCUCAUUUCAGACUUAAAAAAGUGGAGAACAUUAAAAUAUGGCUCUCUCUGCGCUCCUACCUCAAGAGACGGGGUCCACAGCGCUCCGUGGACGUGGUGGUGUCUUCUGUCUUCCUGCUCACGCUCUCCAUUGCUUUCAUUUGUUGUGCCCAGGUUCUGCAGGGACACAAGACUUUCCUGAACGAUGUUUAUAACUGGGAGUUUUUGAUCUGGGAAACGGCUUUACUGCUUUUCUUACUGCGCUUGGCCUCACUGGGGUCUGAAACCAAUAAGAAAUACAGCAACGUUUCAAUACUACUUACAGAGCAGAUUAACUUAUAUCUUAAAAUGGAAAAAAAGCCAAAUAAGAAAGAACAGCUCACACUAGUAAACAAUGUAUUAAAACUGUCCACCAAGUUGUUAAAAGAGCUGGACACGCCAUUUAGACUCUACGGACUGACAAUGAAUCCCUUAAUCUACAACAUCACAAGAGUGGUUAUUCUUUCUGCUGUCUCAGGAGUUAUAAGUGAUCUUUUAGGAUUUAAUAUAAGACUGUGGAAAAUUAAGUCCUAAGCCGAGCCCGACCUGCACCCCACCCCGCUGCAUCGGCGCCGACCCCCCGAGGAAGGAGCGGCCGGGCUGAGCCCCUGGCCACGCGUGCGCAUGCGUGGUGGCGCCGAGGGCCGCGCCUUUCGCUCCAGGCUGUGCAUGUUACAAACCUGGUUUUCAAACUGUGCAGAGUUGCAGACCAGAGACUGUUACAGGAACACAGGAGCAGUUUUCUAAGGAAGCCUAUUCUGGGCACGUUAAUGCUGUGGCAGUUACAUGUAUGGAAGGUCUUUCUGGGUAAAUAUGGUAGAUGCCCAAAGCAUGAAACAAACACCUUUUUACUGGAAAUACGGAAAUUCAGUACUUUUCUAUUACAGUCUAUAAUAUUGGAGAUUUCUUUUCUCUAUCAAAGAGAGUCAAACUAUUUUAGGUGGAAUCCAAAUAAAAACCUUUACUGGAGAGUUUUAGUUUCUAGGCAUCUUUAUUUUGGCUGAAGGGAGAAAAAUAUUUUUAAGUUGUCAUUUUCUGUUCAUCUGGGGAAAAAUCUUUAAUUAGCUUGACUUUUGAGUUAACGCUAAUAAGUAAAGUUGUUAUCAUGCAUGUAAUAUCCUCAGUAACUCAACCAGAGAAAUUUGAAGUAUGUAUUUAUUGUAUGCUCAUCGUAUGACAUAGUUUCCAUGUUAAUAUAUUGUUUUAUCUGUCUGUCAUGGAACUUAAUGUAUGCAACCCUCAGGACCAUUUCAGGUCCUCGGUGUCUAAUCCGAGCCACGGGGCCUUUGAUGGUGUAGGUUCUCUCAUCAGCAUCUCCUAUUUGCAUACAUGUAUAUAUGCUAAUGGCAACUCCAGCGUUCCCGCUUAGUUACCUGCUUUGAAGAACAUCUUGAGGCUCAAGAACCUCUUGAAAGUCUGAACAUUUUAAUUAUAAGAUUUUGUGAAGCCUGGUUAUUACUGUAAAGCAUGUGUUCAAUUACCAGUAUAUUGGUAGUACAUAUUCUAUAUGCAGAAAUAUUUGUGUGGCUUAAAUGUACAUUUUUAAAGCUAGGAAUUGAGAAGCCUUGGCCUUGCCCCUUACUAGUGUCAUAAUCUGGGACAAAUGAACAUCCUUUCAUCUCAAUGUCUUCACUUUUUUAAAAGGAUAAUAACUACUUAAUAAGGUUGUUAAGGUUGAGAUUAUCCUAUAAGGUACCUAGUACUGAGUGUAAAGUAUGUAGCAUUUAGUCAAUAAACAUGUUAUUAUUAAAGUCCCUUGGGUUGAGAUAGCUCGGUGGCAUAAGUGCAGGCACAAGGUCCCAAGUUCGAGCCCCUGUACCUAAUGCUUGGAAACCUUGCGCACGCCGUGGCAUACACGUGUGAUCCCAGCACUGGGGAGGCUGC